AUGCGGCUACCGGAGAGACUCUACAGGAAGCCUUUGCUCAGUGACGACGGCCACUUUCGCGACUCACAAGAACUGCCUAGGUUUUCUUUCGAACAAGAAAAUAGGCCUCUCGUUAGCACGGAACUUCUCUUCCAUCAGUGGUCCGGGGACGAAGAAGCGACAUACGAUCCAAGGCUCAACGCUAUAGAAAACGCGCUGAAAAUGGAACAAGAUAUUAUUAUCACUUGGGAUGGACCGAACGAUCCCAUGAACCCUCUCAACUGGUCACAGUCGCGAAAGUGGGUCGUUACAAUGCUUGUCUCGAUGUUCACGUUUAUUAGCCCGUUCUCAUCAACAAUGGUCACGCCAGCACUGCCAGUCAUUGCAGACGACUUCGGUAUCCCCGAGGGCUUCAUGCGUCAGCUAGUUAUGACUAUAUUCCUGCUCGGCUAUGCUCAGGGUCCCUUCGUGCUCGCCCCUCUCAGCGAGAUCUAUGGGAGGGUGACAGUGUUGCAAUAUUCCAAUCUGAUCUAUCUUGUCUUCAAUACAGCAUGUGGUUUUGCUCAGACGAAGGAGCAGAUGCUCGCAUUCCGGUUUUUAAGUGGUGUUGGUGGAGCAGCACCUCAGGCACUAUGUAACGGUGUUCUUGCCGACACCUGGCGAAAAGAAGAACGCGGCAAAGGCCAAGCCAUCUACGGCCUGCUCACCUGGAUCAGUCCUUGCGUAGCCCCAAUCUGCGGUGCAUACAUCUCUCAGGGAGUGAGCUGGCGAUGGAUCUUUUGGGCAACCUCGAUCUUUACUGUGCUUGUGCAGGCCACCGCACUCUUCUUCCUCCGCGAAACCUUCGCUCCUGCUAUCUUGGCAAAGAAAGCAAAGCUUGUGAGGAAAGCACUCAAGGAAAUUCGCAACGAUGUCGUUGUACGCACCGAAUUCGAGACCAGCGAUCGAUUCAGCAAAAUCCUACGCAAGCGAUUGAUCUUACCUUUUAUCAUGAUGUUCACUCAUCCAGCAACGCAAGCGCCGUCCAUCUAUCGUGCAUACCUGUACGGUGUAAUGUACCUUAUGCUCUCGACGUUUCCCUUCGUCUUCGAGGAGGUAUACGACAUGGACGUUGGUCCAGCGUCCCUCAACUACCUAUCCAUGUGUCUUGGCUUCAUGAUCGGUCUGCAGAUCUCACAUCCACUCACAGACGGGGUAAGUCCACUUGUGCCAUCUGAGAGAGCCCAUUUUAACACCCCACAGCUUUACGCCCGCCUUAAGACAUAUUACAACCUCAAAGAAGGCCUCCCUGAAUUUCGCGUUCCACCCAUGCUUAUCGCUGGCAUUCUUUGUCCUGUCGGCCUCUUCAUCUACGGAUGGACUGCACAAGCGAAAGCGCAUUGGAUUGCACCAAACAUCGGCUGUGUGAUCGUUGCUAUCGGCAUGAUCAUUGGCUUCCAGUGUAGUCAGGCAUACACUACUGACGCGUACGAGGCAAAGUACGCCGCUUCUGCUGCGGCAGUGGGCGCUUUUAUGCGCACAAUGUGUGGUUUUAGCUUUCCGUUGUUCGCGAUGCAGAUGUAUGAGACGCUUGGCUUGGGGUGGGGAAAUAGCUUGUUAGCAUUCUUGACCCUAGGUAUAGCGCUGGUCAGCCCUGUGUUGCUGUGGUUCUUUGGGCCAAAGCUGAGGGCUUUGAGUACGAGAGGUUUGUUGUAG